AUAAAUAUCUCGAUUAUUUUUUUGGUAUAAAUAUGAACAGAUUUGGAUGGCAAUUACACAGAUAUUCAAAAGUAUCUUAAGAAACAUUACUCGGCAGAAAUACAAAAAAUUCAUUAAAAUGAAAGUGCUUAUUGCUUUGACAAUUUUCGUCGUUCUUGCAGUUGAGGCUGCAGUCAACAGAGAGCAAGUACAACAACAAAUUAAAACUGCCAGUGAUAAUUGUUUGAACGACCCUGCAGUUGGCGUGAGCAAGGAUGAAUUGAAAGCUUUCAGAGAAUCCAAAGGACCUAAACCUGCUAACAUAGGAAAAUUGUCCGUGUGCGUGCUAAAAGGAAUCGGCUGGAUGAAAGCCGAUAACACCUUGAAGACCUCCGAAAUUAGAGAACUCUUUAAACAGGGACUAAACGGUGACCUCACGAAACUGGAAGAAGUUAUGGGCAAAUGUGUCGCUGAUAAGGGCACUCCAGAGGAAACCGCCAAUAAUUUGCUUGAAUGUCUUGUCUUCCAUGGUAGAAAUCGUCAAGCUGCUUCUACUGCUUAAUAAAUAAAUAUUUUAAUUAAAUUUUGACCCAAUAAAGUUUUAUAAAACCUAAAAGACAAA